AUGGCCAGUGAGCAAGCACGUUUCGCCGAGGAAGUCGCACAAGUCGAGCAAUGGUGGAAGAGCCCCCGCUUUGCGCGAGUCACCCGCCCCUACACUGCCGCCGAUGUUGUUGCAAAGAGGGGAACACUCCCAAUCCAAUAUCCUUCCAAUGUCCUAGGCAAAAAACUCUGGUCGACGCUCAGUGAGCACGCUAAGCGAGGGACACCAUCGCACACCUACGGAGCUCUUGACCCCGUCCAGGUGACCCAGAUGGCUAAAUACCUUGAAACCGUCUACGUUUCCGGUUGGCAAUCGUCAAGCACGGCGUCAAGCACAAACGAGCCUGGUCCUGAUUUGGCUGACUAUCCAUCAAACACUGUGCCCAAUAAGGUUGAGCACCUGUUCAUGGCUCAGCUCUUCCACGACCGAAAGCAACGCGAGGCCCGAUCUCGCAUGACUGAGGCAGAGCGUGCCAAGACCCCCGCCAUCGACUAUCUUCGACCCAUCGUCGCGGACGCAGACACCGGUCACGGUGGAUUGACUGCAGUCAUGAAGCUGACCAAAAUGUUUGUGGAGAAGGGUGCUGCUGGAAUUCACGUUGAAGAUCAGGCACCUGGAACCAAGAAAUGCGGUCACAUGGCUGGAAAAGUCCUGGUACCCAUUCAAGAGCAUAUCAACCGACUCGUCGCUAUUCGUCUCCAAUAUGACAUCAUGGGCGUAGAGAAUUUGGCCAUCGCCAGAACCGACUCUGAAGCCGCCACUCUCAUCACCUCUAACAUCGAUGCUCGAGACCACCCCUUCAUUCUGGGUUCUACAAACCCUUCCUUGCGACCAUUGAACACCGUCAUGGUCGAGGCAGAGGCGCAAGGCAAGAACGGGGACCAACUCCAGGCGAUCGAAGAUCAAUGGAUUGCCGCUGCCAACCUGCAACUUUUCUCGACCACUCUCGCCAACGCCCUCAGCAAACAGGGAGAAAGCAAAAGCAAAGUAGACAAAUUUGUUUCCCGCGUCGCCAAUGUCUCGUACCCAGAUGCUGUCGCCAUUGCCCAGAAAGAAUUCGGUCUGAAGUCCGUGCCAUUCUGGGAUUGGGAUAGCCCAAGAACUCGCGAAGGUUACUACCGCUACCAAGGUGGAACUCAGUGCGCUGUUCAUCGUGCUAUCGCUUUUGCUCCCUACGCCGACCUGCUGUGGAUGGAGACCAAGAAACCUAUCUUAGCGCAAGCGCGCGAAUUCGCCCACGGUGUCCAUGCUGCCCGCCCCGGUCACUGGCUGGCGUACAAUCUAAGCCCUUCAUUCAACUGGGAAGCCGCUGGCCUCACAGAUAAUGACAUGAAGGACUACGUUUGGGAGUUGGGAAAACUCGGCUUUGUCUGGCAAUUUAUUACACUUGGUGGACUCCACUCCAACGCCUACAUCUCGGAUAUCUUCGCUCAAAAUUUCGCCAAGACUGGUAUGAAGGCAUAUGUAGAACUUGUACAAAGAAGAGAGCGAGAGAUUGGUUGUGAUGUUCUUACCCACCAGAAGUGGAGUGGCGCUGACUACGCCGACAACUUGAUCAAGACUGUCACAGGGGGUGUUUCUUCGACUUCUGCGAUGGGCGCUGGGGUAACAGAAGCUCAGUUCACUGCCAAACUGUAA